CAGAGAGAAUCGGACUCAUACCCAUGAUAGGUGUCGUUACCACAGAGCGGAUCGCCGGCUGUCAUCCUCAACAAAGAAAUGGUUUAAGCGCACUGUCUCAUGGUGAUGCCGUGUAUCAGACAUUUGUCAUCCAUAGGUUUUGCCAUGCAUUCGAGGAAUACGUGAAUCGCGUGUGCCAGAAGCCUUUUGCGCCAGUGUGCGCAUUUGGAGAGGCGCAUCAGCCGUGAUCAGACUGCAGCUUCACUGGAUCAUCAGACCUUGCUUUUGCAUUUUGUUGUCUUUCUUUCAGCUUUUUUUUUCUUUUGAAAUAUAAUGUUGCGUUCCACAGCUGUCAGGCUGCUUGUUGGAUUGUUCUUUUUGGGCUUUUUACACAGUUUGCAGGUGAUUCUUCCCGCGAGGGCAUUAGAUGCUCCAAAAACAUGCAGCCCCAAACAGUUUGUUUGCAGGGAUCAAGUGACAUGCAUCUCAAAUGGCUGGCGGUGUGAUGGGGAAAAGGACUGCCCGGACGGAUCGGACGAGUCCCCAUAUGUCUGUCCUCAUAACCGUGUGUCACGGUGUCCUCCUAAUGAACAUCAGUGUCUGGGUUCAGACGUGUGUAUUCACAUGAGCAAACUGUGUAAUGGUGUUCCAGACUGCACUGACGGAGGAGAAGAGGGUCCACACUGCCGAGAAGGGGCGCUCAACUGUACUCUCGCUGGUUGCCAAGACAACUGUGCUGUGACCCGCACCGGCUCCAUGUGUUACUGCAAGAGCGGAUAUGAGAUCGGGCAAGACGGAAAAACCUGUAAAGACUUUGAUGAGUGUACGAUAUACGGCACCUGCAGUCAGACGUGCACAAACACAGACGGCUCAUACGCCUGCUCCUGUGUGGAAGGUUAUCUAGUUCAACCCGACAAUCGCUCCUGCAAAGCCAAGAAUGUGCCUGUGGACCGUCUGCCUGUGCUAGUCAUCGCAAACUCUCAGAACAUACAGAUCACGUCGCUGAGUGGAUCCAGCAGCCCGUCACUCUACAUAACCACAAAACAGACCACGGCCAUGGACUUCCUGUACGUACAGGAAACGGUGUGUUGGAUCAAUGUCGGCGACUCACCCGCAGGAACACAUCUGAAGUGUGCCAAGAUAACCGGACUCAAGAGCUUCAUAGAGGAGAGGACCAUCAACAUCUCUCUCAGUUUACACCAUGUGGAGCAGAUGGCUAUUGAUUGGCUAACGGGAAACUUCUACUUUGUGGACGAUGUGGAUGAUCGAAUCUUUGUAUGUGAUAAAGAUGGUGCCACGUGUGUUACACUGCUGGAUCAGGAGCUCUAUAAUCCUAAAGGAAUAGCUCUGGACCCCACCAUGGGAAAGGUUUUCUUCACGGACUACGGGCAGAUCCCAAAGGUGGAACGCUGUGACAUGGAUGGGCAGAACCGGACGAAACUUGUGGACAGUAAAAUCGUUUUUCCCCAUGGCAUCACACUUGACCUGGUCAAUAGGCUGGUCUACUGGGCUGAUGCCUAUCUGGACUAUAUCGAAGUAGUGGAUUAUGAGGGCAAGAACAGACACACCAUCAUUCAAGGUCUACUGAUUGAGCAUCUUUACGGGCUCACCGUGUUUGAGAACUAUCUGUAUGCCACGAAUUCAGACAAUGCCAACAUGCAGCCAAAAACCAGCGUGAUACGUGUGAAUCGCUUUAACAGUUCAGACUAUCAGGUGGUCACCCGUGUGGACAAAGGUGGAGCUCUGCAUGUGUACCACCAGAGACGUCAGCCCCCUGUACGGAGUCACGCCUGUGAGCCGGAUCAGUUUGGAAAAGCCGGAGGCUGUUCAGACAUCUGUCUUCUGGGUAACAGCCACAAGAGCCGGACGUGUCGCUGUCGCUCUGGAUUCAGUCUGGGCAGCGAUGGCAAAUCGUGCAAAAAGCCGGAGCAUGAGUUAUUCCUGGUGUAUGGGAAGGGUCGUCCCGGUGUUAUCCGAGGGAUGGACAUCAAACCUAAAGUUCAGGAUGAAUACAUGAUCCCAAUUGAAAACCUGAUGAACCCUCGAGCUCUGGACUUCCAUGCUCAGAGUAACUUCAUAUACUUUGCUGAUGCCACCAGUUUCUUGAUUGGACGGCAGAAGAUCGAUGGCACAGAGAGAGACAUCAUCCUUAAAGAAGGUAUUCACACUGUUGAGGGUAUCGCUGUAGACUGGAUGGCCAAUAAUCUUUACUGGACAGAUGAUGGUCCUAAGAAGACUAUCAGUGUUGCUCGUUUGGAGAAAGCUUCUCAGACCAGAAAGACUCUUAUUGAGGGCAAGAUGACCCAUCCCAGAGCUAUCGUGGUGGACCCUCGGCAUGGCUGGAUGUACUGGACUGACUGGGAAGAGGACCCAAAAGAGAGCAAGAGAGGGAAGAUUGAGAGUGCCUGGAUGGACGGCACCAAUCGAAAAGUUUUGAUAUCACAUAAGACAGUUUUGUGGCCCAACGGCUUGAGUCUGGACAUCCCUCAGGGGAUCCUCUACUGGGUGGACGCUUAUUACGAUCGAAUCGACAUGAUCUACCUCAACAACACCGGUGAACGCAAGACGGUUUAUGAUGGACCAGAGCUCAGCCACGCCUUUGGCCUGUGCCAUUACAAAAACUUCCUGUUCUGGAACGAGUACCGAAGUGGCAGCAUAUAUAAACUCGACCAGGUCACCAAAACGGUCACCCUGCUACGCAAUGAGCGGCCGCCCAUUUUUGAAAUUCGCAUGUAUGAUCCUCAGCAGCAACUAGGCAGUAAUACAUGUCGAGCGAAUAACGGUGGCUGCAGCAGUUUGUGUUUGGCCACACCCACUGGCAGGUCAUGUGCCUGCGCUGAGGACCAAUUACUGGACCCCUCAGACAACACUAGCUGUAAAGCAAACCCCUCGUACAUCCCCCCGCCACAGUGCCAGCCCGGAGAGUUCGCCUGUAAGAAUAACCGCUGUAUUCAGGAACGUUGGAAAUGUGACGGAGACAACGACUGUCUGGACAACAGUGACGAGACCGCUGAACUGUGCCAUGUCCAUCCGCAUCAUUGUCAGGUAUGUAGGUACAACAAGUCUCUCCUACCAUAACACAAACACCUCCUUGCGCUGCAGUGAGUUGAUCCAAAACCAUCCGAUUCUGGAGAGCAGUAAGUCUUAUUCCUCGCAGUUCCUCUCUGAUUCCCUCCAUCAUGAUUUUCGUUGUGUUGAUAAAUGAAGACAGCUCAUAUCUGGUGAUUUCCACUUCUUCCAUCAGUGAUUCCAUUCCCAGUGCUGGAAGGAAAGCAGCCACAAGCUUCUCAGCAAUAGUCCAUAUGUGAUGAUUCUUUGGCACUGGGCUUUCUCUCAUGAAGUUGAGCAGGUCUCUUCUUGUUCGUCGUUGAUUCUCCAUUGAUCGAUGUGGUAAGAUAAUGGCACCACCAUGCAGUUGGACUAAAGCACAAAGUCCUGUCCACCCCUCUGGUAAGGAUAAGUACACACGAUAGCCACACAGCCAAUAGUGUCCCUCAACGACACCUGUACCUUGUUGAUCUGGAACAUGCACAGUUGAACAUAAUGGACAU